GGAGAGCGGUUGGGAGCAAGAGUAUCCUAAACCCAGGAGGAUUGGAAGGGACAUCCUGGGACGAGGGGGUGGUAUGGGGGACAGGAAGGCCGCCCAGUGUGCCUCACUCGGUUUGGUUUUGUGUUUUGGCGGGUUGGGCCUAUAGAAAGUGGAAGAGUUUAGUGCGUGUGUCUUAGUGUUUGUGUGCUGUACUUCCUGAAGGUUUUACAUACCUAAGAAACUAACGUCUUUUCAUCUGUACAUCUCGGGGGAUUUUAUGGAGGUUUUUUUGUUGUUGUUAGAAUGGGAAGGGAAAAUUGGUGUUUUUAUUUUUGUAUGGGUUGUAGGUCUGCGUAUGGUGCUUAGGUUGUACAUUUCUAGGGAGAGGGCAGUCCAGGGAAAAUUCCUCCCUCUUUCCCCGCCCCCUCCACUAUCUAGUUCCAGCCAGCUUGUCUGAGGCCCGACUGGGCUGUAGGGCAAGCGGCAGGUGGGGGGGGGGGGUGCGUUUAGGCCCUCCCCCUCCACCCCCAGCCGGCAACUAGCCUGAGGCCACAUUCGCUGCUGCUGUGCUGCUAAAUUACCAGCGACGCCAUGGAUAGGCUGGGCGCACGGUGCCCUCUGCCAAGCUACCCGAGGCUGUCUGUCCUUACAUGCCUCCUGCUCCUGACUGUUUCUUUGCUGACAUACCCCAUGCUCAGGACCCUUAGCCUGCAGCUCCAUUCGGCUGUCACCGGCAGCUAUGUCUCCGGCACUUACUCCAUCGUCUUUGUCAACUGUCCCAACGAGCACAUUGCCAGAGAUAUUGCCAGGACUAUCCUGGACAAGAAGCUGGCUGCCUCUGUGAACAUCCUGCCCAAGGCAUCCUCACUGUACUUUUGGAAUGGAGAAAUAGAAGAAGCCACUGAGAUCACGUUGUUAAUAAAGACGAAAACUUCCAAGGUCCAUAUGCUGUCCAGCUACGUAAGGUCAGUGCAUCCUUUUGAAAUCCCAGAGGUCUUCAGUCUUCCCAUGGACCAAGUUGAUGUGCACUAUUUAAAGUGGCUGAAGGAGAGCAUGGAGGAGCACUGAGUCGGGGAGGCUUUCUGUGCAUCCUGCUGGCUGCCUCUAGCCUCCAUCAGCUGCAUUCUGAGGCAAGGGAGGCGUCUUUCUGCCUCCUGGCCUCUUGUCAGCACAGGAGGAUCUAAGGAACUUGUGGAGGCUGAAGGUCCGAGGCUCCUGAGGCGAGAAGAGGUGGCGGGGCCAGUCGGGCCAAGCAAGAACCCAGUGGAACUUGUCUCUGGGUGCCUCAGGCUUAAAGGUGGCCAAGGGGUGGGAGGGCAAGGAUGGAUGUGUGUAGGGGACAAGGGGAGAUGGCAGUGAGGGGGAGGUUUGUCAUCCUCGCCUACAGUCACCUGGCCUCUGAGUGUCUAGGAUGUAAUUACCCUCUUGGUUCUCAUGAGGAGGAAUGGACCUGAUGACCUGUUUACCUGGAAGUGUGUGUGAUAAAUGCCACUUGCUAGGGGACCUGUAAGUGCUUUAUUCAAAAGGAUGAAUCGCUAAUGGUGCAAUUUCAGGGACAAGCAGGAUUAUUUCUCCCAACUAAAGAUGGUGUUUGUUAACUCCUGAGUCCUGAGGAGGUGGGCCUGGGGAUGGGCUUUAGGAGUGUGUGCAGGACUGGUGGAAUAUCAGGGCUGAGACGCACCCUCAUGGGGUGGGAAUCGGUCUUGAUGCUUUCGCAGCCUGAAUGUGACAGACAUCGAAAGGUUCUAGUGCCUUGCUUAGCGGAGACAGGUUCUGAGCCCACCAUACUAACCUUUUCCCUUGAGCAUUGAAAUUGAACAUCCUAACGUAGGACAGAACCCUGGGGAACUGCUAGACCAGUGUUUUUAGACUUGUUCCACAAAGCCCCAGGGAUUGGCAGAAGGUACCCUGGGGGUUGCCUGGGGGGGGGUAAAUAUAUAAGCCCCCCCAUACUUCAGCCAAUGCAACUGUGCUUUUAUUAUUUUUAUGUAUUGAACUCGUUUGUGAGAUUGGGGUGGGAGUUUUUUUGUAAGUUUUCUUUGUUAAAAGUUUGUAAACCAGUGGUCUAAGGCAGUCUCCAUUUUAUAGGUUACUAAAGGAAACCGAACUGCACUGCGGUCCGGAAAGGGGGUGGUGUGUCAGUUGUGUUAUGAAUGGUCCAGCCGAGUGCUUACCCUGUGUCUGGUGCUCUGCUGUACCUGUUCAUGGGCCGCAGGUGCAAGAGGACAGAAGGCAGAGUCCUGUGGGGUGAGAAGAGAGACUCGGCCUAGGCCCCCUCCAGGAAUCUGUCACAAGGGAACUCCACUCUGGGGAGCCCAUGGGCGGCCUGGUGAGGGGCCACAGACAUCUGCGGUCUCUGGGGUCUUUCUUCCCCGAGGGAGUGGUAGGUGGGCGAGGUAGUGCGAGGCUCUAGGCCUGACACCUGCUGUGCUUUUGGGACCUUAGUUCCUCCAAACAUAAAAUGGGGCAGGGUCUCCAAGGGUGGUCCUAUGAAGACCUUGUAGGGAUUUCAGGCUGAGGCCUUUCCAAAGGUCCAGAGAAUUCUUUUUUGAUAGCCAGUGGGGAUUUUGGAAGGCUGCCUCAGGAGAGGAACAAAGAUGAUAAUAAUGAUGUCCCUUUUUACAAAAGGUGUUUCUGAAACGUAAGAAAACAUUGUGUCAAGUAAACGCCACUGAAAUUGUCCUGGGGACCCCAGGUGGACUGCCUGUAUUGUUUUCAGAAUUAAGUCCAAUUUCUUGGUCUGGCUUUCAAAGCCCUUCAGAACCUUGCCUCAGCUCCCAUUCUGCAUCGUCUCCUCUCCUCCUCUGGCUAGUGAAUGGCUUCAGUAGGCCGUGCGGUAUGAGUCCUGUGUGCAGGCCAUCCCCUACCUGGAGUGCCUUUGUACGUGAGUGCUUGUGACCUGGCUGCUCCUUUGCAGGCCCGACUCCCCAGGUGGAGGCAUCUCCCUUGGGCAUCAGUUGGCCUUGCAUUUCUAGACUGUGAGCUGCUCGAGGCCAGGGGCAUGGGGGAAUUUAUUUGAUCUCUUGCACAGGGUUUGGCAAAUAUUUCCCCAACUGAUGUUUCCAGGAUUUGAAUAAAGCUUUCUCUACAGUCCACAGUUACUUUCUAAAUUAUGGAAUUGGCAAAAUACAUCUUUUUUCCCUUGACCUUUCUUAAAGUGGGAGUAAUUCCAAAGGAGAUGUUUCUAUCUAUGGCCUUGAUUGGGUCAUUUUCUGUGCUGACUGUGCGUUUCAAACUGUGUUUUGGUGGGCUUUUGCCUCAGUGUCAUAGUUGACUAUUACAGGAAAUGGAAGGGGAUAGGGACAGAACACCAGCUCUUUCUGCCAGGUACUGUCCCUAGGUUCUUAACAUUAUUUUAUCCUUAUAACUCAAUGUUCUCCUCAUUUUGCUGAUGAAACCUGAGGUGCAAAAGCGUAAGACACUUGAAAGUGGUAGCUGGG